CAGUGACACACAGUGACACACAAGGGAGAGAGAGACUCAGACCCUCAGCCAGAGAGCUGACAGUGAGAGUGGUCAGUGUUAGUGUCCGUGUGAGGCCUCUGGGACACAGAGUAUCACAGUGUGUGACAUUGUAUCGCAGUGUGUGACAUUGUAUCGCAGUGUGUGACAUUGUAUCGCAGUGUGUGACAUUGUAUCGCAGUGUGUGACAUUGUAUCGCAGUGUGUGACAUUGUAUCGCAGUGUGUGACGUUCUAUCGCAGUGUGUAAGAUUGUAUCUCCGGCCGAUACUUUGUAUCCUGAGGGUUUGGCCUGAGGGGAAUCAAACUCCGUGUGGGAGCCGGGAGCCGGGAGAUGGAGUCGGUCCUGGAGCAACACUUGGAUGAGACGAUGAAGAACCCGGCCAUUAUCGGGGUGCUCUGUGCGGACGCACAGGGGCUGAACCUGGGCUGUCGGGGAUCGCUGGUCGACGAACACGCUGGGGUGGUCUCGGUUCUUGCCCAACAAGCGACGAAGCUGACUAUAGACCCCACGGACACCCCGGUCAUCUGCCUGGAGUCUGACAAUGGAAACAUCAUAAUCCACAAGCACAGCAGCAUUACCGUGGCUGUCCACAAGGUGGCGUCCUGAGCCUCAGCUCAUGGGGUGUCGCAGUUGAACGACACGUCAAUCAGUUUUGUCGUUAAAAUCUUUCCGCAGCCGCUGCUUGAAGUCACUAAUCUUAUCUGGGCCUCUGCUGGCCUUGUGUUCUCUUGGAUUCUAGUUUGGGGGGUGGGGGGAGGUUGGGGGGAGGGGGGCGGGGGGAGGUUUUGGAGUGGGUGGUAAUUACAGAGGUUGAUGCCUGGACCAGCGUUGUUUCUGGUGUAAUUGAUGCGAUAUUAGCAAACAAACAACUCAAUUAGCAAACAAAAAGUUGGUCUGGCCCUCGACCCCCCGCCCGGGUUUGGGAUUGUCGCGGCUUUUAGUUGUGUUUAUCUCCCGAGCUGGAAAUAUUGCAAUAAAAUGUUGAGAGUUGAA